AUGGCGGCGCGUGGCUGGUCUGUUUCGAGGAAAGGCUUGAAGGUGCAUGAGAUAAUAUCAGCUUUGGAAUGUGAAGAUGACGAUGAUUUCUCUCAGAACGUUAUUUUUGUUGAGCCUCCUAUUGAGAAGAGUGGUCAGGUCACUGAUGAGGACAGCGACAAGUCUGAUGAUGAGCAUGAUGCCAACCUAAACCACUUGGGUCACACAUUGCUCGAUAGUAAGUGUGAGUUGCGACGCUAUCAAGUAAGAAACCGCGAUGUUAUGCCGUCAUCAUCUUCAGGUAUGGUGUUUUCAAAUGCGGAGAACCCUCAAGUGUGUUCGUCUAGUGAAGAAAGCGACGAUGAAGACAAUCAACCUCUGGCAUCACUCCGAACGCGGAUUUCUCCUCCAAAGAAAAGUAAAUUGAAGAGAACGUCAUUAUGGAAAAAAGAUAUGCCCAGUUUUUCAUGCCCAGAAUUUAUUACACGACCUACAUCUGAUGAAAGUAAGAAUUGCAAAGACCCCUUAGAUUAUUUCAAACUUUUUUUUCAUAGUGAUUUGGUGAAACUCAUCGUAGAUCAAACAAAUCUAUAUGCAGGUCAGAAAAAUAAACCGUUGUUAGUUACGGAAGAUGAAAUUUAUGUAAUUUUUGGCGCUAUGUUACUUUCGGGCUAUGCUAAAUUGCCAUGUAAAAGACUGUAUUUCUCUAAAGAAAAUGACGUGCCAAAAAUUCUAUCUGAUAGCAUAAGAUGCAAUCGAUUUGAAGCAAUAUUGCAACAUUUACAUUUCAACGAUAACACGUUUCUAUCCGACUCUUCUGACAGACUUUAUAAAUUACGUCCAUUACUAGAUAGCCUUAGUGAGUCUUUCCGAAAACACUAUGGGCUAGACGAGCAUUACAGCGUAGAUGAAAGCAUGAUUCCAUACUAUGGAAAGCACUAUGCUAAACAAUUUAUUAGGGGAAAGCCGAUUAGAUUUGGCUUCAAGAACUGGGCAUUAUGUGCCAGUACUGGCUACAUGGUCGCUUUUAGCGUCUACACGGGAAAAGCCACAGAAAAAAAAGAUUUCGGAUUGGGUGGGGAUGUAGUCCUUAGUUUAGUUGAGCAAGGAAAGCUGCCAUCAAAGAGUGGUGUAAAAAUAUAUUUCGACAACUUUUUCACUUCUUUGUCGUUGUUGAGACAUUUACGAGUAUUAGGUUUUUACGCAACUGGCACAGUACGAGCUAACCGUAUCGAAAAUUGCCCUCUAAAGGAUGUCCAACAGGUCAAACGUGAAGAUCGCGGCUAUUACGAUUAUAGAAUGUCCGACGACGUGUUUAUUUGUCGUUGGAAUGAUAACAACGUUGUGACGGUGGCAACCAACUUUGAGAACUGGGCCUUGACAUCUGCUACUCGCUGGUCCAAUGAAAAAAAAUCAAAGAUCUCGAUUCCCCAACCUGCAGUGAUUGCCAGCUACAAUAAAAACAUGGGAGGGGUGGACAAAUGCGAUCAAGCUGUUGCAAAUUUGCGCACGAGAAUGCGCAUUAGAAAAUGGUGGUGGCCAAUCUUUGCUUAUUUCAUUGAUGUAUCAGUAGUCAAUGGUUGGUUUCUGGCUAGAAAAAAUGAUUGCAAAAAGGAGACUGAUUCUUUGCUACAUUUCCGAAGAUAUAUAGCUCGAAGUCUACUUAUAAAACAUGGAACUCCUCCUCACCAGGGACAGAAACCAUCUAAACCCAUGUCGUCCACGAGGUAUGACGGGAAAGAUCACUGGAUCGUACCCAUUGGGACGGAAAGACGAUGUGCCAAUCAGUGCGGUGGCAAAGCCAAAUUCCAAUGCCUGAAGUGCGACGUAGGUCUCCAUCCCAAAUGCUUCAUGGAGUACCAUAUUACGGUUGUAUGGAUAGAUCCUGGGAUCUAUCCAUACAACCGGUUCGGAGAUAUUGACUUUGCACCCUCUUUCGUAACCAUCAGACCAAACCCUGAUACUGAAGACAAUAUUCCUGCAGUACCGUCACCUGGAAGGACUAGACCAAAUCCGAACACUGAAAAUAAGGCUUCUGCAAAACCAUCUCAUACAACCAGCAGAACAGGCACUGAAGAUAUUUCUCCUGUAAUAAGCAGACCAAUCCCUGACAAUCAAGAGGAUGCUCCCAUAGUACCUUUUUUUAGUAAAUAUUGCCUACCUUGA